AUGCAAUCUCGACUAAUAGCACUUGAAAAACUCCGACGUAAUAUAAAAAAUGCUACAGAUCGUUUUAGUAAUGGUAAUGAACAACCUGUAAAACGCAAGUCUGAAACAAUAUCAAGUGAAGAUGUUGAUAGACGUGCAUCAGAUCGUAUUAAGAAA